GGUGAUGAAAUUUUAUCUCCAGUAUUCUUUGAAAUUUGUGUGAGCCAAUUCACUGCCCAAUGUGCCAUAUAAGCAAGAAACAGAGACAAGGCCUGAUGGCGCUUUCGGUUGUGGCACUGAUCUUUGCCAUCUUAGCAUGGUACUAUGUCACCCAGCAUGGUCGCAUGGCUGUGCAACAUGUGGGACCGAUCAAGUUCUAUCCAGAGACUCAUGAACUGUACGUCCUCAACGGAACCCAUGAUGUAGUCUUCAAGGCGUGGCUGGGCACCCCCUUGCCCCAUCCCAUCUACCCUCUAGACUGCACCCGGCAGUUCCAGACGUCGGACUCCAUCUGCAUCAACUGGGUGGACAUGGAGACUGCGAGCAAGGUCGACAAGGAGUAUGCAAGGAUGGAGGUCACAGUACAGCCGCCAGAGGACAAUCUGCACUGCAUAACUGUUGAAUGGACAUCUUUUAUGCUUGACUUUGCACCCAUGGAUUGCAUCUCACUGACAGAUGCCCACUGGUUUGGUGGCGCAAGCCUGUAUCGCCAGCUCUGGCCCUUGGACGAUACUUCCAUUCCCAUGCAACCAUACAUCAUGAGAGACAUUCUAGUCAGGCCAGAUAGGCAUGAUGUUUGGGGCUCCAUUCUUGAGAACUAUUGGUUGUCUUCCACGGGAGUUGCAGUAUUCGUAGACAAGGAUGUUCCGCUCCACGUCGGUUUCAAUCAGGACUUCUCCCAGAAGUUGUGUUUGAAGUCCGAGUACCUCAACUCUCCUUACCAAAACCAGCAACUCAAGUACCCUCACCUCAAGUAUACAGUGUGUUACAGUGAAGACAUCAAGACAGUUCACCAACAGGUCUACAACAGGUGGUUCCUCAAACCUCUUGGCAUUCCUGAUGAGCGCAUGAUCAAGUCCCCUAUAUGGUCAACAUGGGCACGCUACAAGACCUUUGUCAAUGAAACACAGGUCCUAGACUUUGCAGAAGAAAUAGUCCAACACAACCUGUCCAACAGCCAGAUUGAAAUAGAUGAUAAAUACACAACUUCUUAUGGUGCAUAUGAUUUCAACCAGACAAAGUUCCCUGAUGCUGCAGGGAUGAUUGGAAAGCUGAAAGAGAAAGGAUUCAGGGUAACAUCUUGGAUUCACCCUUUUACAAACCUAGAGUCUCCAAAUUUCAGAGUAGGUAUUAACAAUGGGUUCUGGGUGAGAGAUGUAACCAACUCCGUGCCUGCUGUCGUGAAAUGGUGGCAGGGAGAAGGAGCCAUCUUGGAUGUCACAGACAACAGGUCAAGGCAGUGGUACCUGAACAACCUUCAAUCUAUGCGUAUGGCCUUCGGUCUGGACUCCUUCAAGUUUGAUGCCGGUGAAGCAGAUUUCUUCCCAGUCUACUUCAACGUGACUUCCCAGGAGUUCUGGAAUCCCAACGAGUACUGCACCCAGUAUGCUCAACUUGUGUCAGAGCUGGGUGGUAUGAUCGAGGUGAGAUGCGGGCACCAGACCCAGAACCUGCCCAUCUUUGUGCGCAUGUUCGACAAGGAGUCCUCCUGGAGCAAUGACAACGGUCUUAAGACCAUGAUCCCCUCUGCCCUUACCCAAGGUAUCCUAGGAUAUCCUUUCAUCCUACCUGACAUGAUCGGAGGAAACGCGUAUGGGGGAGAUGGUGUCUUUGACGGCACCAACCUGAAGGACCUGCCUGAGAGGGAGCUGUUCAUACGAUGGAUGGAGUUGACUGCCUAUCUUCCAGCCAUGCAGUUCUCCAUUGCACCCUGGCAGUACAGUGAUGCAGAUGCUGACGAUGGGGUCUCCAUCGUGGAUGUUUCCAGGGAAAUGAUUCGCAUCCAUGAAGAGGAAGUGACUCCCCUCAUCAUUAGAUAUGCUCAGGAGGCAGUAGCUGAAGGUUACCCGAUCAUCAGGCCGCUCUGGUGGCUGGACCCUAAGCAUGAAGAUGCCCUGACCUGCGAUUCAGAGUUCCUCAUAGGUGAUGCAGUCCUGGUGGCCCCAAUCCUGGAACCCCACGCACGGUCGCGGGACAUCUUCUUACCCAAGGGACGCUGGAAGGACACCCUCCGAGGGAACAGGAUCGUUGAAGGACCAUGCUGGCUUCGGGACUAUGCCAUCCAGCUUGAUGAAAUUGCUACAUUUUACCACAUGGAGGAUGAGUGAAAAUAUCUAUAACCACUUUGUCUAAUUCCCAGAUUGUCUUUAAAUGAUGAUUGCCAAGUCUAUUUGAUUCACUUUGGUCUAAUAUACAAUAGUCUACUAGGGUGCUAGUAGAUUUCUGUAAUGGUCAAAUGGCCUAAUUUACACUCCAUUCAUAUGUUUUCCUUAGGUUGUAUAAUCAACCACUUAGUCCAUAAUCUUAUGAGCGUUUCAUCAAAAUUUUCAUCCAAGUUGUUAGGUCUGACAAGUUUACUUGAUUGGCUGAGAGGCACUGUUUCCAUAAUAACUGUCGGAUAAAACAGUACUUGUUGGAUAAAAUGUCUGACAAGUCUUUUCAUGUAAUGCUCCCAUGUCUGAUAAAGUGGUGUUCAACCAAGUGGGCUAAGUGGUAAUACUAUGCAGUUCUUGACAGAUCUGGGGUGUUUCACAAAGAUUUAAGUAUGACUUAAGUCGCACGUAAAUGCUGACGCGUAUAAGAAUCUUAUUGAUCAAUACGCAGCAGUGCGCAUCCUCUUCGCAUGAUCUGACUAAUGUGGUCAUGCCUUUUAUACUGCAUGCCAAUAGACAUUUAAGCGCAACUCUAAGUCAUACUUAAAUCUUUGUGAAACAUCCCCCGGUUGUAUAGGAAAUGGGAUUAAAACAAUGAGAUGAGUUAAAAUAGGCUUUAGACAAAAUAGAAUUAGACCACAGGGGAUAAUACCAAAUAAACUCUAGGACAGGUGAUCAGGAAUAGUAUGUCUAAAUGGCUUAGACAACAAAAUUGAUAUACAUGUAGCCUGCAUGUACAUGUAGGUGGCACUUUAGAUAAACUUGGAAUAGACCAUGUAAUAAUGGCCCGAAUUCACAAAUUUGGUUUUUGCAAAAACCAUGGUUUCAUUUGAGUCUACUGUUGAAACUGCUGUUGAAACCAUAGGUUCUAAAAACCAUCGUUUGUGAAAUGCAAAUUUUAGAAACCGUGGUUUUUUAAACACCACGGUCUCUGAAAACCGUGGGUUUAAAUGAAACCACCUUUGUGUAUUCAGUCCAAUAAGCUUUGGAAUAACAGGAAUUAGACCAUAGGGGAUGAAACCAAGUAGACAAAUUUGAAUGAGACCUCAUAGGAUAACAACUUAAUUGGCUAUAGAUGAUUUUGGUAUAGCCUUGGUGGCAUGGGUGCGUCGUGGCCGAGUGGUUCUGACUCUCCCCUUUUAAACAAAGGUUCUUGGGUUCGAAUCGUAGCCAUGGCAUGUUUUCCUUCAGCAAGAAAUUUAUCCACACUGUGCUGCACUCGACCCAGGUGAGAUGAAUGGGUACCCGGCAGGAGUAAUUCCUUACAUGCACUGAGCGCCGGUGAUGGUAGCUCGAGCUUAAGUCAGGGUAAUAAUAGCAGCGCUUUGUAUCCUCUGGCAUAAAGCGCUUUAUAAAUCCAGCUAUUAUUACUAUGUUUAUUAUUGGCUCAAAUACACUUUGGAUAAACUGUGAUUAGACAUUGGAGGAUGAAACCAAACAGGCUUAGGCGAAUGAGAUCAAAUGCACUUUUGGACACACUUGAAUUAUACCUCGAGACCAAAUUGGCCUGAGACCAAGUGCGAUUAGACCGAAUGGGCUUAAAAUGAGGAUCAGACAGAGUGGCUAUUUACCUGUGAAAGUAGUUUCUGAAGGUCAAUCGCGUGUGGCGAGGUGUUGACUCUAUGGGGUAUAGGAUUAUUGAUUUCCCUUGGGGGCAAAGAUGAUGAAUAUAUGCAUGUUUAUUAAUGGAAGGCAAUUGAUCAAUCAUAGCAAGGUAGCUGCAUCAUACCUGUGCCGGCCACACAGAAACGUUGUUAGCCUAACAGAGUGCUUACAGUAAGCUCAGUCACAUCUUUCGGAUUGUGAAGUCAAAACAUUUAUUUCAAUGUGUAAGGAAUGCAUUGUUGUUACAUUAGGCAUUGCUUCCACAUUACCGGUUGUAACAGGGCCUCUGUUAGCGCUAACAACGUUGCUGUGCAGUUGGUACUGAUCAAUUGCCUUCCAUUAAGGCACCUUUUUCAAUAGUUGUCUAUUUUCCUGCAUUAAUCCUGCAAGCAGCUUUUCCUGGCAAAUCAUCACAAUCUCCAUACGUAGACAAAACAAUGGAAACUGCAGGAAAGUUGCAAUUAAAAGAUGCAUAUAUGUACAAUGUAUAACCCUUAUUGCAAGAGUCCUGCUUAAAAUGCAGCACACCCUUUGACAAAUGAGGGUUAAUUGACAUUACUUGACUGUAUAUGUGUGGGCACUAAAUUGACACCGUAAAAAUAUUGAUAUUUUAAUGACUUUAUUUUCAGUUUCCAUUUGUUGGAAGUGAAGGGAGGAUUUCCAAGUUGUGUAUGUUAGACUAUACAUUUCAAAUUGUCUUUUGCAUAUAUUUUUGGUACUGCUCUAAUCCUCCUUUUACAGUAUUUUUGGGUCAAGUCAAGUCAUUUCAGGGUUUAAGUCGAGUCACUAAACAAAUGUUAAAUGAGAACAAUUUCAUAGAGUACUGCCCUAGUCACGACAUCCCUGGCAUGUACACCAUCUUGUCUCACUCCGAAGAAAUAAUGAUUUGUCGUCUUGCUCUACAACAGCUUUAUAUUCUUAAACUAUAGAGGGCACUAGUGUUCAAUGGAAACUGGAAGUAUUUAGUACUCCUAGUAGUAUAUGUAUCAUUUCACCUGUUAUCAUCUCUUUUCAUGUCCCUUCUCUUUCCAAUCUCCCCCUCACUCUCUCUCUCUCUCCCUCUCUCUCUCUCUCUUUACUUCUUUUCUCUCCCCCUUUCUUUCAUUUUCCUUAACUCC